AAAAAAAGCAAUUUUCGAAUUUCGUAUUUAUUAUAAUUACUUUAAGUUUAUUGGUCUCUGAUAAUUACCUAUUAGAGAAGUAUUUGAGUAUUGUACUUAUUAUAAUUCUCUUUGAUUGUACUGCUUCGAAUAAAACGUUUCUCAAUGAGAUGUGUAUUUAAGCCAAUAUUAGUGAAGUUCACGUAAACUAUGAACAGCGAGAAUAUUUACGAUUAACUGUUUAGUGCCACAAUAAUGUAAAAUUGGAUUGAAUUGGGUCUAAUAGAGAUUUGAGUUUAAUUUCUCAUUAGUGUUUUUAACUUAUAAAAAUAUAAUAUUCAUACACAGCUUACCGCCUACAAACAAUGGUUCGGUUUAAAAAUAGGUACGUUACAGUUGAAAUUUCGUCACCAGGUGUUGCCGAUGACGUACCAUUAAAAUUGAAAUCAAAAAUGUUUUACGAGACAGUACUUAAUAAAGUUCAACAGUUACAUGGUGACUAUGGAGUGGCUGCAAUAAGAGCUGGAUUGUUGACAAGAUAUUGCAAUGAAUAUACCCGAAUAGCCAUAUUACGAGUGAGACAUGGACCGCAUAUGUUUGUAACUAGUACUUUACCAUUCAUCACAAAAAUUGGCACUCUAGAUGUGCGGCUGAACACUCUACAUGUCAGUGCCACAUUGAAACACAGUUUUAAAUUUAUUCAAGAGCAUCAAAGGGCAUAUUUAAUCAACAAAUGGUCUAAACUAAAGUCUGAUGUGGAGAGGAAAUAUAUGGAGCAGGUUGUGAUGGAUUUCACAGAUGUAGAUGUUGCAAUAAAUUUAGAAAAGUUCGCGUAAUGUAA